AUAGAUUUGUAUGUAUCUUUAAUAGAUUUGUAUGCAUCUUUAAUAGAUUUGUGUGUAUCUUUAAUAGAUUUGUAUGCAUCUUUAAUAGAUUUGUAUGUAUCUUUAAUAGAUUUGUAUGCAUCUUUAAUUGAUUUGUAUGUAUCUUUAAUAGAUUUGUAUGUAUCUUUAAUUGAUUUGUAUGCAUCUUUAAUAGAUUUGUAUGCAUCUUUAAUAGAUUUGUAUGCAUCUUUAAUAGAUUUGUAUGUAUCUUUAAUAGAUUUG